AUGAUUGGAAAGUUUGGUGUUGGCUUUUACUCGGCAUAUCUUGUUGCGGAGAAGGUCAUUGUGACUACAAAGCACAAUGACGAUGAACAAUACAUUUGGGAAUCCCAUGCUGGUGGUUCCUUCACCGUGACGAGGGAUGUCAAUGGUGAGCAGCUUGGAAGGGGAAACAAGAUUACCCUCUUUCUCAAGGAGGACCAGUUGGAAUACUUGGAAGAGAUGAGGAUCAAAGACCUUGUGAAGAAGCAUUCCGAAUUCAUCAGCUAUCCCAUCUACUUGUGGAUUGAGGUCGAGGAAGCCAAGAAGGAAGAGGAAGGAGCUAGUGGGGAAGUUGACGAGGAUAAGGAGAAAGAAUAA